UUCUCAUUGGCUAAAGUCGAGGGUGAGUGGUGUCUUACUGUUCGCGUCUCGCGCUGGCUGGUCUGAGAGACAGCUUCUUGCCCCGCCCUUCGGACUAAUCUAGAUUUUUAAACAAAAAGUGAAGGCUUGGUGGUCGCCUCUCGGGUGUUUGCUCCCUGGGAGGGUUGAGUCUCGCUGAGCUCGGGGAGUUGGGGAGACUCGAGCGGUGAGAGAUCCCGGAACGAGUCCUUCGCGGAACCAUUGAGACGGGGCCUCUGGGAGCACUUUGAGAGACGGACCGUGGCGGGCCUGGCCAGACCGGCGGGGAUGGCGGCGCAGGCGGCCGAUGCGGGGCUGGGGGCUGCCGUGCCCGUGGAGCUACGGCGGGAGCGGCGCAUGGUGUGCGUGGAGUACCCGGGCGUGGUGCGCGACGUGGCUAAGAUGCUGCCGACUCUGGGCGGCGAGGAAGGCGUCUCCCGUAUCUACGCAGACCCCACCAAGAGGCUGGAACUGUACUUCCGGCCCAAGGACCCAUACUGCCACCCCGUGUGUGCUAACCGCUUCAGUACCAGCAGCCUGCUGCUCCGCAUCAGGAAGAAGACAAGGCGGCGGAAGGGGGUGCCAGGCGCUGAGGCCCAACCCGAGGUCACAUUUGACAUGGAGAUCCUUGGCAUCAUCUCCACCAUUUACAAAUUUCAGGGAAUGUCCGACUUCCAGUACUUGGCUGUGCACACGGAAGCAGGUGGCAGGCACACGUCCAUGUAUGACAAGGUGCUCAUGCUGCGGCCCGAGAAGGAGGGCUUCUUCCACCAGGAGCUGCCGCUGUACAUCCCCCCACCCAUCUUCUCCCGGCUGGACACCCCAGUGGACUACUUCUACCGACCAGAGACGCAGCACCGGGAAGGCUACAACAACCCCCCCAUCUCAGGCGAGAAUCUGAUUGGCCUGAGCAGGGCCCGGCGCCCCCACAAUGCCAUCUUUGUCAACUUUGAGGAGGACGAGGUGCCCAUGAAGCCACUGGAGGCUGCAGUCCAGACAUGGAAGAGAGUUUGCACCAACCCCAUGGACCGGAAGGUGGAGGAGGAGCUGAGGAAGCUAUUCGAAAUCCGUCCCAUCUGGUCCCGGAACGCCGUCAAGGCCAACAUCAGCGUCCACCCCGACAAGCUCAAGGUCUUGCUUCCCUACAUGGCCUAUUACAUGAUAACAGGUCCCUGGCGAAGCCUGUGGAUUCGAUUUGGGUAUGACCCCCGAAAAAACCCAGAUGCCAAGAUUUAUCAAGUCCUUGAUUUCCGAAUCCGUUGUGGAAUGAAAUACGGUUACGCCCCCAGCGACUUGCCUGUCAAAGCAAAGCGCAGCACCUACAACUACAGCCUCCCCAUCACCGUGAAAAAGACGCCCACCCAGCUCGUCACCAUGCAUGAUCUGAAGCAGGGCCUGGGCCCAUCGGGGACAGCCGGUGCUCGGAAAUCCGCCUCCAACAAGUACAAGCUCAAGGACUCGGUCUACAUCUUCCGGGAGGGGGGCCUGCCGCCCUAUCGACAGAUGUUCUACCAGUUGUGCGAUUUGAACGUGGAAGAGUUGCAGAAGAUCAUUCACCGCAAUGAUGGGGAGGAGAAUUCGUGCACAGAACGGGAUGGGUGGUGCCUGCCCAAGACCAGCGACGACCUGAGGGAUGCCAUGUCCCUCAUGACCCGGCAGACCAUCCGCUCUAACAGGCCUGCUCUCUUCUCCAGUCCGACCAAGGCUGACGGCGGGAAAGAGCAGCUGACCUACGAGUCCGGAGAGGACGAGGAGGACGACGAUGAGGAGGAGGAGGAGGACUUCAAGGCCUCGGACGGCAGUGAAAACGAGAUGGAGACAGAGAUUCUGGACUACGUGUGACAGGGCCCUGGUCCUCCCUGACCCAGCCAGACUGGUGCCCGGCCUAAUGAGGGAGCCAGAGCAAGCCAUAGCUCCCCUGUGCCACCUACACGGAGCCAGUGCCCCUGGGAGGCCCCUCUGAGGAAAGUGGGGAUCCCAGCAAAGGGUGCCACUGACCGAGUGUGACCUGCUGCUCCGUGUUGCCCUCUGGCUCUGCGCACCUGUGACCCAGCACCUACCGCCAGUUGUAGGUGGAGAUGGCACACCUGGGGCAGGGCUGGUCUCAGCUGGGGUCUCGUGACUCUGGUGGUAGAGACGGUUUGAGGAGCCUGGUCCAUGGUCACUGUGGCCAGAGGCUGCCCUUGUCUGUGGAUCCCAUCCGUUUGGGGUAGCUUUGGCAAAAGCCAUGCCCAGCUGGAGUUGUCCUAUUAAAUCAGCAUUCCCGAGGAGUCCUGGUUUCUCUGUUGGAAUGUUAGAGCCACGGGGCAGUUUCCUCUAGCCUGGGACUUGGGCUCCCUUAGUGCCUUUGUUUGUUCCUUCCUGCAUUCAGUGGCCUCGUGCUGGCAGUGCUGGCCCGUGCUCCCACCCCCAGUAGGGUAGGGUGAGACAGCCAGGAGUACCUCAAGCCUGGACUCAUUUUUUGUCCAAAUGGAUGUGUUCUUGACAAGUUCUCGGGAAACAGGCCCUGCUGAGGCCCCGUGGAGCCAAGCCUGCCUCCCACAGCCUCAGGGCAGCACCCAGGCCAGAGAUGGGCUGUCACCCCACCACUCAGUGUGACUGCGAGUCCUUUUAGCAGUUUGGUGUACACUGAUUCUGAAGCCACACGCCUCAGGCAGGCCCCAUCCAGCUGACUGGCUCCUGGGAGCCCCUCCCACGACAAGAGCAGGAAGCCCAGUGGCUCAGUCAGCUCAGUGGCCCGUCCCGGGAACCUGCCUGGGGAGGAGCAGGCCAGCUGACCCGCCAGGACGCUGCUGUGCGCAUGCCCUUGCCUGCUGUGUCUCCUUGAGUCUGUGGCAAAACUCCCUCCCCGCGCCGUGUGCGUGCAAUUCAGCCGUCUUCAUUUUCUCAGACUAGUCAAGUGUGGUAGUGAGGAGAGAGGAGAGCGGAACAAGGGUCUCAUCUGGAGCCGACUGAAUACUCAGUAGCGAGAACUCACUGCCUUCCACCAGCCCUGCAUUCCUUUGUUGAACAGGUCACUUGUCCUAUAGAACGUCCCCGCUCUGGACUGGCUGGCCGCUUCCAUGUGGUGGUAGAAGUGAUCCUCCCGCCCUGUGUUUCCUGUGCACUGAACAAGGCGCCAUCAGCUCAGGUUCCAGGCCUCUUCCUAGGCGGAGCAUGCAGUCGGAGGCUGGUGGGUCCCUUUGGUGACGCUAGGAUUGACCAGCAGGUCCAGGUGCUGUCGGCCUGAUCCAGCGGUCUUUCAUCUAAUGGUUCAACCAUCCUUGAUGAUUGCCUGGACCUACCUCCUUAGGGGCUGCAGAAUGCGGAGUGUUAGAACCCUGUUGUCCUUAUGCAUGUAUUAGCUGGAAUUCUAUAAAGGACUCUUCCUUGUCAUCUAUUUGAUGACCCUGAAAUACCAUUUGGAUAGGAAAGGUGCGGAAAUGCCUGAUUCUGCCCCCCUACCAGUUUUCAGAAUAAUGAGUUAGUCCCUCGCAGUGGCCGGGAUGAUGAGGGUGGGGUGGGGCGGGGUCCUGGGCUUCCUAGAAAGCGCUCGGGUUUGCCUCUGUCAGUCGCAGGAUUUUGGUGCCCAACUCGUCCAUCUUUGGCCAGAGGGCAGCCUCAGGUCAGCUCCUGUGGUCCUUUGACACAACCCUGGGUCCUUGGUGCCUGGCUUUCCGCUGCCACAAGGGCCCAGGCGUCUGCCUCCCUCGGGUGAGAGUGGUGUGGAGGCCCGGUCUGGUGGGGCUUCUUUACUGCUAGGGCUUUUGAAUAUAGCUAGGAAAUAUGUGUUUUUUUACAAAGAGAAAAAUAAAUUAUGAAUCCAUACA